AGUAGAUAGUAAUAGGUGGAGUAAUGUAGAGCAGCUGUUUCAGCGGAGUUGGUCGUCGGCAGUCGGUGUUCGUUACGUGAGGAGCGGUGGAGAUGAUGCGGCGGCGCGGUGUGCGUGACGGAUCAUGGCGGCGCGGGGCGGCGGGCGGCGGGGCGGGGGGGGCCGCGCCCGCCCGAGUUAAACGCGCCCGCCGGAUACGCGCCGCGGCGCCGCUUGAAAGCUAUCCGGCCCCCCCGAGCCACCGACGAGCGCGAUUGGCCACCGCACCGCGCGACGGGUAACCGAUAGCCAAUCGCGCUCGGGGGGCGAAGGCCCGCCUCCUCGCGAGGGCCGCGCGCUCCACCGGCUCAGACCGCGCGCGACUCCGCCGCGCACACUCGUACCGAUGCGGGGCUCCUGGGACGAGUCGACGACGGCGGCGCUGCACGCGCGCAUACUGGAGGCGCAGCGCGCGGCGGGCCCGGCGGGCGAGCGCGCGGCGGCGGCCGAGCCGGGCGCGUGCGGGGCCGAGCCCGCGCCGCCGCUGGGCCUGGGCGCGCUGGAGCUGGCCGCGCCCACGCCGUUGCUGCCGCUGCCGACCCUGUCCUUCAGCGCGGCGCAAGUCGCCACCGUGUGUGAAACCUUAGAAGAAAGUGGUGAUGUGGAACGAUUGGCGCGAUUUCUAUGGUCUUUGCCGGUCGCUCAUCCUAACGUUGCCGAGUUGGAGCGAUGUGAAGCUGUUUUGAGGGCGAGAGCCGUGGUCGCCUUCCACGCGGGCAGACACCGAGAGUUAUACUCCAUACUAGAACGACAUCGGUUUCAGAGAUCGAGCCACGCCAAGUUACAGGCGCUGUGGCUCGAGGCUCACUAUCAGGAGGCGGAGAGACUGCGCGGCCGCCCGCUGGGGCCGGUCGACAAGUACCGAGUGCGGAAGAAGUUCCCUCUACCUCGGACUAUUUGGGACGGAGAACAAAAGACGCACUGCUUCAAGGAGCGCACGCGGUCGCUGCUGCGGGAGUGGUACCUGCAGGACCCGUACCCGAACCCGACGAAGAAGCGCGAGCUGGCGGCGGCGACGGGGCUGACGCCGACGCAGGUGGGCAACUGGUUCAAGAACCGGCGGCAGCGGGACCGCGCGGCGGCCGCCAAGAACCGCUCGGCGCUGCUGGGCCGCGGGUUCGCCUCCUCGUCCACCUACGACGAGGACUCCGCCGACUCCGAGAUUAACGUGGACGAGGAGUAGCCCUCGCCGCCGCCGCCGUCGCCGUCGCCCGCUACACUACAGACUGACAAAUCCUAGUGUAAAUUUAUAGUGAAAACGAUGACGAUCAAAUCAGACUUCAGUGAUUACAAACUAACCGUUGAUUGAUGCAAUGGACGAAUGCAAUAUUGUUUACGAGAAGCGUUAUUUCUUGGUUGAUUUAGUAUUUACAGAGUCGGUGAUGUAUGUGAUGUUAAGUAAUUAGUUAUGCAGAUUUUUAUCAGUAGGGCAUGUCAUAUCGUCACAGUGUUCUAAGAGUGCUGUCAGUGAAGACGGUCAUUAUUAUUUCAGCGUUAUAACCAGGUAUGUACAUAAUAUUUUUAACGUCAUCUCUUUUAUUAUUUCACUUGAAAUUAUAUUCAGCUCUAAAAAUAUUUAAGUACGUAUCUGAAUUCCUAAAUAGGAAGAAUUUAUUCUAUGUAAAUAUAUCUGCUCAAGCGAGUGACUUGCCUUUGUAGAUGAAUCUUUGCUGUUUAAACAGGGUUAUUUUGAUAGUGAAUAUUUUUUACCGUUUCCUACUCAAGAUGCUAUUAUAAGAGCUUAUUUAUUAUUUUAUUCUUUAAUUGUCGUAUAUUUUGAGGCUGCAGUGAUGUUAAUCUGAAAAGCAUUUACCUUUUCUUUAAUAUUUAAAUUAUAACUAUUUACCAAGAUAGAUUUUAUUUAUGAUUGGCUAAAAAAAUUGUAAUGUAGAUGGGUCAGUAAAUUAUCUUAUUUUUUCUAUAAUAAUGUACGUACCUGACCACCAAGACAAAUUAUUAUGCCAGUAAACACAUUAUUUGUCAAUUAAGACCUUUUUGUAGGUUGAAAUUACAAAUUCUUUAUAAUGAAAUCCGGAAGAAUGCUGUAAAAGACCUUUUUCAAUUAUUCAAAAAAAGUUGACAAUAAUUACAACAAAUAACGACAACUAAAUUUUCUAAAACUGGGUUGUGUACAGACAACGGUCUGUGAUAUAUGUAGGUACGUUUGCCAACGCUGCAUUGAAUUUAAAACCU